CUUGACACAUGACAGCGACGUCUUGGCAAAAACAAAUCGCAGAAAAACUUUUUUUUUCAAGUGCAACCAUCAAUCAUUAAAAUUAAUUCACACAACUACGCCUUUUUAAAAUGGGGAACUCGAAUUCUCGUUCUACGGACUCGAAGUCCAGCACACAUCAUACAGAGGGUCAGAACACAAAUAAUGGUCAUCAUCUAACAGCUACAACAAGCACCAACAGUAAAACAACAAUGUCCCGAUCAGCUUCGGGAGCGGAAAUAAGCGAAAAAUAUCUCACCCAAUUUGUGCCUGUGGAGAAGUUGGCACAGAAACUGCAAGAAAAAUCAUUAAAAUACAAUGUCAAUGGAAUUGUGGGUGAUGUUUUUGUGAGUCAAGUAUUUCCGCGUUAUAUCGAUUUGGGGCAGCGCCUGUUCAAACACUUGCAUCACAAUUCACGAGCACAAACCGAGUACCUUGGAACAGUGGCGUUUCGUCAACAGUGUGAACGUUUUCUUGGCAUAAUUGACGAUGUUAAAAUCCUGGAGUGUUACAUUAGAAUGUACGCCGAGGCUGAUAGACCUGAUUUUAUCAAUAAACAGGGUGUUACUAGACUACUAUUGACUUGCUACACAAUUGCAAUGGACCAUUCGGGGAACGCUGUUCUCUGCCCUGCUAUAAAUCGAACUUUUGACUCUGUGCUUAAGUCAAUCUUCUUCAACCAGUCGGACAGCCUAAGCAUAGGUUUUGUUUGUCGAUGGUUCGAGGACAAUUUGAUUCGAUCGGUGCUGCUGGUGCACAAGUACUGUCUCCAUACGCUAUCCACAGCGUACCGCGGACUUGAACAGACCGAUCAAUCAUCGGGCAUAGAAUUGUCCACACCAGUAUUAGAACAACGAACUCCAUUCCCCGAGCAAUCCGACUCAGAACUAAACACACUGAUGCCUCUGUCUCAGGCCUGGCUACUUGCCGGAGCCCUACCACCGCUGUAUUCAAAGCCACAGUCCGUGGUCUCACAAAGUGCCAAUAAAUCAGCUUCGGCUGCACAGAUCUUCAAAGACAAACUGUCGAUGCUGCCCUCGCAUUGGACCCUACUUUAUGACUCCAAUGAACACGGACUUGGCUCGAAUCGUUUCUUACAUCAUCUGUUAGGCUACCGUGGGCCUACUCUCAUCUUGCUGAACACAAAGGACGACCAGACCUAUUGCAUCGGCUCUCCCAACGAAUGGAAGGAAACACACUUGUACACAGGUGCAGAGGGCAGUGUUGUGAUACAGCUGCUCCCCAAGUUCGCAAUUUUGGAAAAGAAACCAAACAUACUGUACUUAAACACCUGCGUUCGUGGUUACCCCAAGGGUUUGCGAGCCGGGGCAGACCCAAAGAAGCCUAUUCUAGCUGUGGACGAGCACUUCGAAAGCAUCGAUUGCAAAGGAAUUGCCGCCGUCCUGACUUCCAUCGAAAUCUGGGGAUGUGGUGAUAAGAGUUCCCGCGAAGUUCAGCUCGAUAUCAAGAAAUGGCAAAUCAAAGAAGCCGAACGCCAGCGCACCGUCAAACUAACAGCUGCAGACUGGAUGGAUCAUCCGGAUAGAUAUCUUCUGGAACUUGGCGGAAGACAAAACUACAAUAACUGAUAAUCAAUUUUGCUCCUUAACUUGAUAUUGCUUAUCCUCUUCGUGGCAGGAGGGGAUCGAGAUGACGACGAUUAGAGUAGAUGCGAUAUGUAGAUGCUUGUGAGAUGAGAGAAACACGUCGGUUAUGUCCUUGUCAGCUUUUGC